CACCUCUCCGGAGGGGCAGCGAUGUGUGAUCACGGAGUGGAAACAAAUAUGUCCUUACUUUCAAUGCCCCCUUUGAAAGAGACAAAGUAAACGCUCUUUGCAAAAUGUUCCUGACCUGCGAAGGGACCUUCGGGAUUGUUCCAGCCACCAUGGAUUACAAUGGGGACGCCGGGCCGGGGCAUUUCCACGCCGGCUAUCAAGAAAUCGAAGGGAUAAACUUGGGAUACUUACAGAUCAAUGGCACUCAGAUGUUUGCUCUGGCCCAGGUCCUCAGCGACCUGUUCAAGGAUAUCCCCAGGACCACCAUCAGCAAGAAGAUGGAAACCUUAAAGAUCAAGAGCCGCCGCUGCGAUCUCCACGAGCUCCGCACCCUCAAAGCCAUCAACUCGGUGCCCACCCGCGCCGUGAAGUGCUCGCUCAUCUCCAAAGCGGACCUGGAGGCUCUCUGCACCUCCUGCAAGAGCCUCAGCCCCCGGCGGAGGAAGAGGAAGAGGAAAAGCAAGAGGAGGGAGCAGCUGCUGCUGCCGGACCCCGGGGAGCUUUUCUCCUGCCCCCGGCCCCAAUUGCUGCCGUCCUGCAGAGCCGGCGGCUGCUGCUCGUCCCCGACCCCCGCCCGCCCCAAGCUGCCCCCCGGCCUCAAGCCGCGCCCGCCGCCCGCGGCUCUCCUCCCGCAGCCCUUCCCUCGGGACUGCCCCGGCCUCGACAGGGCCCCGCGGGGUCGCAGGGGCUGCGCUCUGCCCGAGAGCGGGGGGCUGCUGGCCGGGGCGCUGGGCGCGUAUCCCCGGGACCUGGCGCUGCUUCACCCCGCAGCCCCCGCCCCCCACCCCGGCCUCGGCCCCCGCUGCGCCAAAGGGCUCUUCCAGGCCGAGAAGGGCCCCUCGGGGGGGAGGAAAAGCCGCUCGUCCGCCUUUCCCGGUUGCAAGCGGCAGGGCACCUCGGCCGGGUAUUCCAGCGACUCGGACUCCAGCCUGGACUUCGGGGGGUCCAGCCCCGCCACCUCCAGCGACUCGUCGGAGGAGGAGGAGGAGGAGGAAGGGGACACGUCGUGCAGCAGCGAGGAGGGCAGCUCCUCGGAGUCGGAGAGCAGCUCGCUGUGCAGCGGGGACUCGGUGCAAAGCACCCGGUACAGGCAGGCGGCUCUGCCCCGCUUCCAGCCGCAGCCCCCCCGGGAGCCCCUCGGCGACGAGCGGCCGUCGGAACCCCCCCCGGGUGCGGGCAAAGCGCUGCGGGCAGAGCCCGACCUCCUCUUCCUCUCUCAGCAGCUCUGGGCCAGGACUUUGCGAGCGUCAACUUCGGAAAGUUUGAGCUCGGCUCCGACCCUGGGCUCGGGGGCACAGCCGGAGCCGUACGCGAAGCAGGAGGCCUCCACUUCUUCCUCCUCCUCUUCUUCCUCCUCCUCCUCUCCCCCCCCCUCCCCGAGCGGCACCCCCGGGGGGGACCCGCCACAAAAGGAGGGCGGCUUUGGGGGCGCGGAGCCCUGCGCCAAAGGAAAGGAUUUGCACAAAGAUGCCUCGAACAAUAGAGCCUCGUUAGGCCCCGGCGACCGAGCGGAGAGGCAGAGCGGUGCCGCAGCCGGGCCGGCGGCUUCCCAAGGGCCGCCCCCGGAGCCCCCGGCCCCAUCUCCGGCGCUGGCUGGAGGCCUCGGUCCGGACCCCCCCGGGGAAGCGGCGGAGCCCCGGCGGGAGCACUUCGACCGCCUGAUCCGGCAGUCCAAGCUGUGGUGCUACGCCAAAGGGUUCAACGUGGACGGGAAAAGUUUGCGGCACGGAGGGAGGACGGAGCCCUGCAAAGCUGCAGAGCUCAAAUCCCCCGGCUCCAAAAGAGCAGAGAGCCCCGGCACCUUGUCAAACAAAGCUUUGAGAGGCAAUGGCUCGGAAAGGAAUGCCAAGCGCAGACGCCUUGCCAGAGGCGCUGAGGCAGAAAGGCAACAGAGCUCCUCCAAAGGGAGGCCACAAAAGACUCAAAGGAGGAAUGCCAAAAAGGGAAACACUCAUUGCAAACGCCUCGGCAGCGCCGGGCCAACCCCGCCUCGGAAUUCCUUCAGCCUCAUGGGCAACUUCCCGUGUAUUCCCUCCUUGGUCGUGGGGGAAGACGGGGAUCUGUGCCCUGCCUCCUCCCUGGGGGGCAAAAACUCCUGGGCCCUCUCCAAAACCCACCCGCUGUGGAGAUGGCACGUGGGAGGCAACGCCAUUCCGGUGCCCCCCAGCCUCAAAUUCCGGGGCUAUAGCUUGGAGGAUCUCUAAGGACAGCGGACGGCCCCGCACGAAAGCCCCACCUCUGGAUGCCAAAAAGAAAAAAGGAAAAAAAAAAAGGAGAAAAAAAAAGCCGACACGAGGAAAGAAUAGAUCCAAUUUCUCCCUUUUCCUCCAUAAAUGCAUUGGAUUAAACCCAUAAUAAUCACACGCAGAGAGAACGAAUGAUGUCACGCAGCAGAAACUCGCGUUUCGGCCCCGCUCCGUCCCAACGAAACCGACGGCCGGCGAUCCCAAAUCGCUGCUUUAAUCGCGAUCCCCAAAUGUUUUCUGUCUGCUUCAGGGACGGGAUGAAAACACCGACUUUAAAAAGAGCAGGAAAUGCUGUUUGCUAAAAGAAAACAGGAGGCUUUGAGGGGAAGUUAUUUGAGACUGCUGCGUGUGUAUUAACAGGAAAGGAAAGGCAGAGCCGGGGGUUGUUUGCUGGAUAACAACCCGCUCCGACAGCCCGAAGGUAGCAGGCCUGUAAAAGCUUUACGGGCACGAGAAAUCGGAUCCAGGAGCAUUAGCAAUAGCGCACAGAUGGACAAUUUGAUCCUUCCCGAGCUCCGGGGUGGAAUGCGGGGAAGAAUGCGGAGGGAAUGCGUCGCCCUGUGCAGAGGAAAUCAAACCCCGCUUUAACUUUCCUCGCAAAGCAGCGUCUUUGUGCCGGCCCUUCGGACCGCUGCUCUGCGAAGCCCUCCGUCUCGUUUCGGGAACGCGAAGCCCAGAGAUGCGGCUUUACGGAGCGGGGGGGAGGGGGGGGGGGGGUUCCCCUUCUUUUCCAUUCGCAGCUGCGGGUCGGGGUGGGAGCUUUUCUGCGACCCCCGGCUGGGAGCCCAUCGCAGAGCUGAGCCCGGGGAAGGGGAACGGGAAGGGAAGAGGAAGGGAGAAAAGCACGGAACCCCCCGGAGCCGGCACGGCACGGCCCGCUUCUUUCUGUCUUUCUUUCUUCCUAUAUUUCUUU